AUGGAUUUGUUGGAAGAGAUUGUGAAAAGAUUUGACCGCAUUGAGAAGGAAUUGAGAGAAGAUCAAUCAGAGAAGAGGGACAGUGUUAGCAGACCAUUCAAGGGUGAGUCCGACAAAGCGGCAAAUAGGACAUUUGAUAAAGGAAUAAAGGAAAAUGCUUCACAAGAGAAGAGGGUCAAACAAACGAUGAAUGCUAUGGACGAAAUCGCGAAUCGAGUGGAGCGCCUCAAACGAGAAUCAAGAAGCAUUUUAGAGGACAAGAAAGACAAAACUAUGGUAGACAAGAUUGCAAAUCGAUUGGAUCGCAUGGAAGGGCAACUAAGGAAUGCUCCAUCAGAGAAGAUAAACAAAAGUGUGGUGGACGAAAUGGCAACUCGAGUAGAGCACAUAGAAAGAAAAAUUGAGGAGAAUACUCGACAGGAGAAGGAAUUUAAAACCAUGCUUAUGAGUGUGCUGGACGGGAUUGCAACUCGAGUAGAGCGCAUAGAAAGUGAAGUGAAAGACGGCUCACUCGGGACGAGAGACGAAGUCCCGCUGAAGAGCAUGCUGAAUGAGACUGCAAACCGAGUAGAGCGCGUAGAAAAGGAGAUGAAAGCUGUUUUAUCGAAAAAGGGAGACAAAUGUGCAGUGGACGACAUUGCGCACCAGGUGGGACGUAUGGAAAAGGAAAUGAUGGGUGUGAUAGAAGAGAUUGAAAAUCGAAUUGAGAACAUAGAAAGUGAAAAGAUGGAUGUACUCCUCAAAAAGGCAGAAAAAUUCUCGUUGACAAGCGUGCUUGACGAGGUGGCAAAACGAGUGGAGCGGAUUGAAAGGGAAUUGAGGGUCGUUUUACAGGAGAAAGAAGAUAAAAGCGCGGUGGAGGAUAUCACGGACCGAUUAGAGCGUAUGGAAGACGAAAUAAAGAGUCAAAUAGAUGAAACUGCAACUCGAGUAAAGCGUAUGGAAAGAGAGUUGAAUAUGAAUAAUUCAAAUGAGAAGAGAGAUCAUAUUUCGCUUAUGAGUGUGAUGGAUGUGAUGGAUGAGAUUGCACAUCGAGUAGAGCGCAUGGAAAGUGAGAUCAGCAUGAUGAAAUAA